AUGCUGUCGGCGACCCACGGAUGGCUUCACUUGUCGGCGCGGACGGCACCACGGGCUACAGCCUGUUACCGUCGCAUGCAUGUGAAUCAGAGCAGGAUAUUCCCUUCGAACAUGACCAAGACAAAACUGCCAUGCAUAGCUCCGUGGUCUCAACUUCGCCACGCCAUGCAGUAUUCGAGCUCAUCGGUAGGGAUGGUGGAGGUGAAGCUGCUUCCUUCAAUGUCGUCGACACUCACGGAUGUGUCGUUCAAUUGUGCUGACAGUACUUGGUUCCGCACCUCCACCCCGCGAGGCUGGAAGAUAUCCUCUCAGCCCAUCAUCUGCAGCAGUUCCUUCUUGUCGAUCAAAACAUUCCUUCGUGCCCUCGCGACUUCAUUCCCGCCGUUCAUUCCACGUCCGCCUGACAUGGACCUGCUGGCGCGUAUCAAAGUGGCUAUGGCUGACGCCAAGACCCCCAUCCACCACCUGCCGACUCUGGACGACGUGCCUUCAAACCCGCUUCUUCCAACCGCGACGGGCGACGGGCCCCUUCCUUACCCCCCUCCUCGAAAACCAGUGGCUCGCAAGGACAAACUCGAGCACGGAACCCCCAUGCUCGGUGGCCAGCCGCUGACAUUGCGGUUUGACAUCACUGGCACGGCCACAAAUCAAGCCAUGACCCGCCACGAAGCGCUCAAAAUGGUGCAAGACGCCGCCGCCACGACCAUGCCAACCGCAGUGGGUCCCCCGACAUCUCCGCAGCCGUCGCGCGCAGACAAAGGCAUCGUAACGAUCCCCAAUGUCCAUAUGCGGGACAUUCGCAAGCUCGACAACGCGUUCGCCAUUGGCAACAAGCCCAGUAUCACUGUGCGUCGUCAAGGCAUCCUCGUCAACGCAGACCCCGUGCGAGCCGUAAUCACCCGCGACGCGUGCGUCGUGUUCUUACAAGAUGGCGCACAUGACCUCAUUCCCGAGCUCGAAGUGAACUUUAAAGACCAUCUGGACGAGUGCUCGGUGCACGGAUUUGAGUUUACGGCGUUGGAAGCGAUCCUGGCGACGCUGUGCACGGCCCUAGCCAAGGAUGCGGCGCGGGUGCUGCCGCUGGCUAAGGCGGCGGUGGACAAGAUCUCACAGGACGCGACUCUGGCGGGAGAGCUUGAGCGGCUGCGAUCCACCAAGAACACCAUGGAUGAGCUCAACACCCGUGUCACGGGGAUGCGCAAAGCAUUUGUAGAUAUUUUGGAAAACGAAGAAGACCUGCGCAUGAUGCACUUGACCAAGCUGCACCGAGACCCGUUGUUGGCACACGACUUGUUUAGCUUUGAUUCGGAAGACCUCGAGUCGCUGAUCGAAGUGUACCUAGAGGACAUCUACGACACGCAAACCCACAUCGCACUCAUGCUCGAGAACGUCCAAAACACGAGGACAAUUGCCAUGUUAAAGCUCGACGCCAAGCGCAACUACCUGCUCAUGGUGAACCUGACGCUGACGCUGUGGACGACCCUGAUCACAGUACCCACUUUUGUUGUGGGGACGUUUGGCAUGAACUUGAAUUCGUACGUGCAGGACGUGGAUUAUCUCUUUUACGUGGUCGUGUCGGGCUGCGUGCUGUUCCCCGUGGGGGUGUACCGCCUCGUGCUCAAGUACUUCCGCGAACGUGGUAUUAACCUCAGCUGGAAGUACAAGUAGAAGGAUAUGUCUAUGGAUAUAUAAUAUAUAUAUAGUACUUAAG